CACCAAACGCCAGCCUCAUCACGUGGACUUCAUCCAAAUGUUCAGCUGAAGGUCUAGGCCUACCGCCAUGCAAGCCAAAAUAGCUUCAUCCCCGCACGGGGAUCUUCGCCCAGCCGUGCCAAGAACUGACCCAAACAUGAACAUUCAAAAUGGACGGUCUGAGUUCCGCCGUCAAUAUUAUAUCCAUCAUUGACACGUCUAUCAAAGUGAUAAAAUGGUGCUACGACUAUGCCGACGAGUUCAAGAACGAGAAGGAGGAGCGCAAAAGACUGCUUUCGGCUGUCUCUGGCCUCAAGUUAGUAGCUGAGAAGGUUAGGCAAAUCAUCAAGACACCCAGAGGAGAAAGGCUUGAAGCCUCACGAGAGCUUCAGAACACAACAGAAAAUGGGAAGAAAUCCAUGAAAAACCUCGAGGACAAGCUUUGCAAGAGCGGCAAAGUUGCCAGAAUUCUCUGGCCACUGAAGAAACAAGGUAUUGAGGAUGAUAUACAAGCGAUUGAGAAGUGCACGCAGAUUAUCCACCAGGUACUCCAAAUCGAUAUUGCUGAUAUUUUGCUCGAUGUAAACCUUCAAGCAAAACUCGCGCAACGCAAAGCAGCGAUAGAAAGCCUGCCCCUGGCCGAAGGCGCGGCGUUCGACUCACAGGCUGAGCAGCAUAAUCCUGGCUGCUUGAAGAACACACGCGUGGCGCUCCUCGCUCAGAUAGCAGCAUGGAUCGAAGAUGAAAACGCAAAGACCAUCUUCUGGUUGAAUGGCAUGGCUGGGACUGGCAAAUCGACCAUAUCACGCACAGUCGCUGCAUCAGCUCAGAGGAAGGAUAAACUUGGAGCAACCUUCUUCUUCAAACAGGGUGAGACAGAUCGCGGAAGCUUGACCAAGUUCUUCACCACUUUGGCUCGACAUUUGGCUGCCAACCAGCCAGCGUAUACAGCGCAUCUGGUGGAAAUGAUCAGCAAUGACACCGGUAUCUUUGAGAAAACAUCUCAAGUACAAUUUAAACGCCUGAUCAUCGAUCCAAUAGUGGCAAGUGCCAAAAGCCUACCCGACAGUUGUACCAUUACAAUCGUUAUCGAUGCGCUGGAUGAGUGCGAGAAAGCCGAGGAUAUCAAGCUCCUGGUCGAUUUGCUCUCCCAAACUGCCAUUAUACAGAAACCCAAGAUCCGUGUUCUCAUUACAAGUCGUCCAGAGCUUCCUGUCCGUCUUGGGUUCUCUGCUGUUGAAGGAGCGUUUCAGAACUGCAUUCUUCAUCAGAUGCCACAGAACGUGGUUGAGCAGGAUAUCGCCACCUACCUUCGGCAUGAUAUGUCAAAGAUCAGGAAAGAAUGGAAUGCCUCUGUGGCAGAAGACCGGAGGAUAGAUCCUAAUUGGCCUGAGAGCAAGGACAUCGGGAUCCUGGCAAAGAGGGCCGCACCUCUGUUUAUCUUUGCAGCUACUAUGUGUCGCUUCGUUGGCGAUCGGAAACUGGGUAGCCCUGAUAAGCAAUUGCUAAGGCUUCUUGCCCAGAACAAUACGUCAGACACCUCAAGGAUGGGCCUGGUCUAUUCACCUGCUCUCAAUCAACUCAUUGCUGGCGCAUCUGAGACUGAACGAAAGGAUAUCCUACGAAGGUUCUUCCGUAUUAUUGGGACAAUCAUCUGCCUUGCGAGCCCGUUAUCGACUACAUCUCUGUCGCGAUUUCUCGGAACACCCCGCGAUGAGAUCGAUCUCUUGUUAGACAAUCUCCAUUCUGUUCUCAGCAUCCCUACGACACCCAAUCGCCCUGUGCGCAUGCUGCACCUUUCCUUCCGAGACUACCUCCUAGACCGCUCGAACCGUGUUCAGAACCCAUUCUGGAUCAGUGGAAAAGAGAUGUCGCGGUAUCUUACCAAGGUUUGCCUUGCAACUAUGAAAAUUCGUCUGAAGGUCGACAUAUGCGGAGUACGCUCUCCGGAAACCAAGCCAGCCAACAUAACUCGGAAACAAGUAACUACUUGCUUGCCACCGGAAGUGCAAUAUGCAUGCCUUUACUGGAGUCUUCACCUACAGCUUGCGGGGCUGAAUGAUGAUAUCAUAUCGAGCCUAGAAGACUUUUUCAAGAACCGCCUCCUUAUGUGGAUGGAAGCCUUGAUCUUGAUGGGUCGGGCAUGGCAGAUCUCGGGUCUUCUGAAAGGCGUUAAAACAGUUCUUCAGAAAAUGCCAAAUGACUCCCUGGCAGGCUUCGUUCCUGAUGCCCUCCGGUUCCUCCAAGCCAACAUCUCGGUAAUAAGUUCAAACCCACUGCAGAUCUACUGUGGAUUAGUAUUCAACCCCGAGAACAGUGUGAUCAGGAAGGCAGUCAUAUCUCAAGUGCCGAAAUGGAUAACAAGUAAGCCCUCCGUAGCUGCUGAUUGGAAUUCAUGUCUUCAGGUUCUCGAAGGGCACAAAGAACUUGUGAACGCAGUAGCUUUCAGCCCAGAUUCCAAGCUCCUCAUAUCGACGUCGAACGACAGAUCAAUCCGAGCAUGGCAUUGGGAUACGGGAGAGUGCAUUCACGAGUUCAAAGAUCAGCAGAAUCCUAUCUGUUCGUCUGCGAUGUCGCCAGAUGGCAGAACUGUUGCAACAGCAUCUAACAGUGGCGUUAUUUGCAUCUGGAGCCUGACAACAGGUUCAUGCUUGGCUACUCUCGGUGCCGAGUUUUCCGACACCAUAAGCUCUAUAGCAUUCUCACCUAAUUCAAAAUCUAUAUACACCCUGUCUAGCGAUAUGGGUGUACGAUGCUGGGAUGUAGGGACCAAGAGGUGCACUUAUGAACUGCCCCCGCGCCCAGGGGCUGUGGGUACAGCAGUGUUCUCCCCUGACUUGAAGUCCAUUGCGUUUUGGAGCAGGGACAACAAAGUCGAACUUCGCGAUGUUAACACCGGGAAGUCUAUCAUUGAGCUCACUGGGUACCAGAGACGCGUCAAGGAAGUUACUUUCUCCCCCAACUCGAAGUACAUUGCCGUCCUCUCUGACCAUUCGACCUUCAGAAUAUGGGACCGUGACGCUCCUCAGAAAUGCCUACACCAGUUCUCUGGCCACAAAAAGAGAAUAAAGAUGCUUACUUUCUCUCCUAACUCGAAAGCUAUCGCAUCUGGAUCAGAAGACAACAGUGUUCGAGUCUGGGAUAUAGUCAAGGGUAUCUCCCUUGCUGAGUCGUUUGGGUUCGGUGAUGGCAUUGAGAGACUUCUCUUCUCGCCUGAUUCGAAGUUCCUGACUUCAGCUUCAAUGGACUGCACCAUGGUAACUUGGAACUGGGCUACGGAUGAGUCUGUUGGAAUCCUGCAAGGUCACUCGGGACUUGUGACUUCGAUGUUGUUCUCGCCUGACUCAUCAGUCUUGGCUUCGUUCUCCGUGGAUCAAACUAUCAGGAUAUGGGAUUGGAAGAAGGGAGUCGAUGAGUCAAACCUUCAUCAUGAUUUCGGAAAGGUAGUUUCUCUGCGAAUCUCGCCUGAUGGAACGCGGGUUGCAACUCUGAGUGCAGACAAGAAGGUUCGUGUCUGGAGCACGGCGACUAGUGUUUGUCUGCAAGAGCUCGACUGGGGAAAGUAUCUUUACCCUGAGUAUCCGUUGCUAGGUUCACCAAUCCCAUUCUUUUCUCAUGAUUCCGCUAUGGUCGGCCUGAGUCCAGUACCCCAGACAUCUCGAAUAUGGAACAUUGAGAAUGGUGAAGAGGUUCUGGCUAUGGAUGCAUGCCAUCCUGCGCAAAAGGUCUAUUUGUUUCCCUCUUCCGACUCCCAGAGAGUUGCAGUCGUCCCCCAAGGGAAAGAAGCCUUCUGUAUCUGGCAUAUGAAGGAGGGGAAGUUCGUACUCACACAGGCGCUAUCGACCCCAGGGUACGAGGCUUUCAAGAUAUUGUUCACGCCGGACCUGAAGAUCGUGAUCGCCUCCUUGCUCGAUGUUCAUGAGACAGAAACAUGUGUCUGGGCUUGGGAUUUGACGACUGCGAAGCGUCUUUGGACAAAGUCACUCCCUGGUUUUGGUAUGCGUGUUGAUAAGUCACCACUUGCUAUGUCCAUUGAUGGCUUCUGUACAGCAGCCAUUCUAGGAGAGACUCUUCAAAUUUGGCAAACAGAAACAGGUAACAUACUGAGGGAGAUCUCCAUCCCCAGAGUUACUGGAAGUGUUUGUUCGGAACUGAGCCUCACCCGUCACCUUGUAGGGCUUUUGUUCUCUGGAGACGUCCAUAUUUGGGAAUGGCAAAGCAAAAAGUGUACUCACGAGAUCUCGGGACUAGGAGCCGGAUCACGUAACUUUCGCAUUCUCGGCAUUGGUGAAUCUAUACAAACAAACUUGGGAGAAGCUCCACUCCCUGCAGAAUGGAGCUGGGGCCGCUCUGCUGUUGAAAUGCCAUUUUAUCCAGAGCUGUCUUUUGAUAUCAAGACAUGCUGGGUUCAAUACCGUGGGAAGGAUCUUCUCAGAUUGCCUGCUGAAUGUCGGGAUAGUAUUUAUGAGGUACAUGGGUUCACGCUGGCAGUAGGAUGUCAGACAGGAAGGGUCCUGAUCAUUGGGCUUAACAAGGCGGAACUCGAGAAGUCUAUUGGAACACCAAAGCAAGAACCACCGCCACAAAAGAUUCGAGAGUAUGGUGCCUACCGUGCUUUCGGGUCACGCCCAACUAGCCCUACAGAUUCUUGGAGUGAUGGAUGGAGUUCUUGAAUGGGCAAGUUCCAGGUGUUCAGUUAUCAUAGAAGAUGUCAUUAUUCUAAGAUUGCCUGGUUAUUGGUAUAUGCAUAUAGCCGUCUCCUGAACGACAGGCCACUUCCUCAAAACAGGACAAACCAACAUCUCAAGCUUCAUUUCACCAAGUAGAGAAACGAUUGUCUAUUGAAGAACAUCAGAACUUUGCUCAAGGUCAGUCAUUGGAAGUCGCAUGUCUUCUAGAGUGCUAAAACUCGCUUCCUCUGGCGAGCGGCUUUACCAAAAGACUCUGGUCUGCUUCAGUUCGUAUACCCUACUGAGCACCUCUCUUAGAGUUCUCAACGACAGAAGAUAUGGCCGCGGCAAUCUCAGGGGAGACAGAAGGUAGCGUCUGCUUCUUCUCAUUGGUCUCAGACACCCUGGUGCCCAUGUUCCUUAUGGUCUUCGAUUGUCCCUGUAGGAAUGUCAGCUUCAUGGAAGGGCGCAGGAAUUUCAUCUUGCUCCUUACAUCUUUCGCUUUCCUCGAAAUUUCAUCAGUUGCCCUCCUAGAAAAUUCUUGUGUCUCAUUUGCUUUCCUACUGAUCAUUCUCGGAUCCAUCCCCAUGCCACCAAAAGAUGAGAGUUCUUCGACUAUACGCAGCAUUGGGAAAAUACUCAUUGGCGACAUCCGGACCCACAUUGAAGCAUAGUCGGCAAAGGUCGAGAAGUAGGAUCGGAUGAUGGUAGUGCUGUUGAAGAUACACUAGAUGAACAGUUAGCAGGGUUCGUGACAUAUGAAGGUCAACUUAAACUUCGUUGGAAGUCCAGCAUGGAAUACGGCCCAAUUUUGUCCCCAUCAUUGCCGGCCUUGAUGGUAUCAACAUAUGGGUUGACAUAUUUUUCCAUGACAAAUCGAACGGCGACCGAG